CGUGCUCGAUUUCAGUCUCACCGCAUCCACCAGCUUAUCCACUCGUGCCAACGGCAGACCCCAGAUCCAAACGGGAUGACAGACCGGCUCUUUCUCCCUGUUUCAUGCGCCACUCAUCCGCUGUCCGGUAUAAUCCGAUAUCAUCAUCCACUGACUGGUCAGACGAGAGAGGGGAAUGCCAUCCGCCAUAGUUGCCGAGAAUAAGGUAAAGCAGGUCAGAGACACCGAAUAAAGUUACGCUGUGGAAGAGUGAGAUACGAGUGCCAAUAGUUGGAACAGGAAGUCAUUGGAUGGACGGGGUUGAUUGGGUUGAAUAUCGGCGCAUGACUCCACAUGGUCCAACCCCACAUAUCCCCAUUAUUCGAUUAUUUUAUUAUUUUAUUAUGAUUUAUUCUGUGAUAUUUUUGUGGUUAUUGUUUUAUUCGAUUGAUGUGAUUGAGUCUGGCACAUCCCAAAAAGUGACGGUUUCCGCCUCUCUCUCCCGCUUCCUCCUCUCUUCUCCUAUAUUAUUCCCCGACUACCUGACUCGCUUCCUUCACUUCUCCUUUUCCCCUUUACUCCCCCACAUUUACCUAUUCCUUCCUUCUUCUAUACUCCUCUUUCUACCUCUUCUCAUUUCGCUGUCGGAUCUUCAUCUUCUUUCCGACACGUUUCUACCCAUUCUCUAUACUUUGCGGGAUUUCCUCUUCUCAUACUGUCCCGUUCGGUUCCUUGCUUGAUUCCUUACUACCAGAACGAUCAUUAUCCGAUUA